AGGGGUGGGGGGGCGUCCCCUCCCCUAUACAAGCAGGAGGCCCCAGCGCGGACUCUGACCGGCAGCAACGGGGGUAGCGGCGGCGGCGGCAGCAGCAGCAGCAGCACACUGAGGAUCGAGGGACGGCCUGGCAGGCCGAGUCAUGGACCGCGAACCGGACCCGGACGACGACGACGACGACCGACUGGACGACGAGCAGGACGCCCGCCAGCUGGAGCGGCGCAUGAGCGAGAGGCGGCGGGCCCGCUCGCUGCCCGCCUGCCCGGCCUCGCUGCUGCUGGCCGCCGCGGCCCGGAGCGAGCAGCGCAAGCGGGUCCAGUUCGCAGACUCGCUCGGUCUGAGUCUGGCCAGCGUCAAACACUUCAGCGCGCUCGACGAGCCCCGAGUGCCCACCAAGGUGUUCUCCAGACACACCGGGCGGCCGGCGGGGGGCGGGCGGCACUCGCAGCCGGCUGGGGGAGGGCGCCUGGUGGCCUGCUUCUCCGAGCCGGCGGACCCGGACUCUCGCCUUCGGCUGCAGCGCGUGUGCCUGGAGGGGCUCUCCGUCACGCACUUCGACGUGCGCGGACACGUGCGAGUGCUGAGCGGGAGCGCGCGCGGGGAGGUGGGCGUGCGCUACACGUUCAACGAGUGGCUGUCGCACGUGGACGCGCAGGCCCUGCUGCUGGACGCGCAGCCGCCGGCCGGCGGGGGCGCGCGCUACGGCUUCACCGUCUACACGCCCCCAGAGAUGGAGGCCGGCGCCGCCGUGCACCUGGCCGUCUACUUCCGCUCCGACCAGGGCGACUUCUGGGACAACAACGACGGGCGAAACUUCACGCUCCGCUACUGCGCGCCCGCUUUGCCGCCGCCCGAGCCGCACGACCGGCUCUGGCGCUCAAAUCAUCUGGCGCGGAUGUUCACGUGCUGCUCGAGGACAUGUCACGCUUCCGGGUUAAGGUGCGCCGCACGUAAAAGUGCUGCAAGCGAGGCUCAACACUUUCCAUCCCAUUGGGCAACGCGAGCGCGGGGUUUCUGCGUGUGGGGGGGGAGAAGGGGCUGCUGGGCUGAUCUGAACAGGCCCAGCAAAACAAAACUUGUUGCAGGUGAACAUUUGUCAUUCAUCAGCCCACCGUCCCACACGCUUUGAAUCCAUUUCAACUUCUUGCGAGACAUUUUGUGCAGUCCUUCUCCUCAGCACCUGUUGUCCUUCUUUGGCUCUUUGGGGCCCAUCGUAUAACAUCACUUUGAGGAAAUGAACAGACUCGUUCACUCGUGGAUUCCUAGCGUGCGUGCUUCAAGCUGUUCUGUUUUUUCCCACUCAAUGUUUACUGUGAAAGUGAAGACGAUUAAACCUGGCUCUUCUCUUGCU